AUGGAAAGAGGGAGAGGAGGAGGAGGAGGAGGAGGAAGGAACCUGGGCGGCUCGGGCCUGCACAGGAGCGUUUACUCGCAGCCCCAGCAGCAGUACCACUACGCAGCCUCCUCGCAGGGGGGCUGCAUGGAGAUCCAGGAGCUGGCCUCCAAGAGGGUGGACAUCCAGAAGAAGAACUUUUACCUGGACGUGAAGCAGAGCUCCCGCGGGCGCUUCCUGAAGAUAGCGGAGGUCUGGAUCGGCAGAGGCCGGCCAGGCAACAUCAGGAAGAGCCCGCACAGCGUCCUCAAGACGGAGUACAUCGAGCGGGACAACAGGAAGUACUACCUGGAUCUGAAGGAGAACCAGCGGGGGCGCUUCCUGCGCAUUAGGCAAACCAUGAGUCGAGGACCUGGCAUGAUCGGCUACUUCGGCCACAGUUUGGGGCAGGAGCAGACUAUCGUCCUGCCGGCGCAGGGCAUGAUCGAGUUCAGGGAUGCUCUGGUGCAGCUGAUUGAAGAGUACGGCGACGGGGACAUGGAGGAGCGCCGCGGCGGCGGCGGCGAGGAGCCCGCCGAGCUCCCCGAAGGCACCUCGUUCCGAGUGGACAACAAGCGGUUCUACUUUGAUGUGGGAUCCAACAGGUAUGGCAUUUUCCUGAAGGUAAGUGAGGUGAGGCCGCCGUACCGUAACACCAUCACUGUUCCGUACAAAGCGUGGACAAGGUUUGGGGAGAAUUUUAUCAAGUAUGAAGAAGAGAUGAGGAGGAUUUACAACAGCCAUAAAGAAAAAAGAAUGGAUAUCAGAAGGGACAGUGGCGAAGAGCAAGAGGGUCUCGAGUAGAGUGCAUUGAACUGG